AGAUUUAAUAUCUAAUUUCAUAAUCAAUGCUCAAUCAUUUAUGACCGACGCGGCAGUAUAAAAUAUUUUUCGCAUAUUUUCGUCGCGGCCGUGUCGCCCCAUCUCUACGUGCAAAUGUCAUUGACUCGAGUGACGAGCUGUGGCGACCAAGAGUUACGGGGUCGGCCCAUAGCUUCAAUAAAAACGUUGUGAGGCAACUCGCGGAGGCAUUAUUACGGUCCAACUCUCACAACAUUUGGUCGACACAUGUGUCCACGACGAUAUCUAAUUACAAAAACGCGACAGACCAUUUAAAAUUGCCGAUAAAAUCGAACAAAAUUCAUUGCAAAAUAAUUACUUGUACCGUGUUAUUUAACUAAUAAGAUUUAAAUAGUUUUUAAGUAUUGAGCGUGCAGGUUGUGUGUGAUAUAAGGAAAAAUGGUUAUUGAGAAGAUUUGCUGUUUGGGGGCCGGGUACGUCGGGGGCCCGACUUGCAGUGUGAUAGCUUUAAAAUGUCCCAAUAUUAAAGUUACCGUUUGUGACAAAAGCGUUGAAAGGAUAAACCAGUGGAACUCCGACAAGCUCCCGAUAUACGAACCAGGGUUACAGGAUGUUGUGAACCAAUGUCGAGGUAAAAAUUUAUUUUUUUCUACUGAUAUUGCAAAGGGGAUACGCGAGGCCGAUUUAAUUUUUAUAUCAGUCAACACUCCUACUAAAACCUUUGGUAAUGGAAAGGGUAGAGCUGCUGACCUGAAGUAUGUAGAGAGUGCGGCCCGAAUGAUUGCAGACUUGGCUACGAGUAACAAGAUUGUCGUAGAAAAGAGCACAGUUCCAGUGAAAGCCGCUGAGAUUAUUAUGAAGAUACUUCGGGCUAACACUAAACCUGGUGUUGAAUAUCAGAUUCUGUCUAAUCCAGAGUUCUUAGCCGAAGGUACAGCAAUAGUGGACUUAGUUGAGGCAGAAAGAGUUUUAAUUGGUGGUGAGGAUACGCCUGAAGGACAGAAAGCUAUUCAGGAGCUUUGCUGGGUGUAUGAGCACUGGAUUCCGGCUAAAAACAUCCUUACAACGAAUACUUGGAGUUCGGAGCUAUCUAAGCUGGCAGCCAAUGCGUUCCUUGCUCAACGUAUCUCAAGUAUAAAUUCCUUGUCGGCAGUCUGUGAGGCCACUGGCGCAGACGUGUCCGAGGUAGCUAGAGCAAUCGGGAGAGACUCUCGUAUUGGACCGAAGUUCCUAGAAGCCUCAAUAGGUUUCGGAGGCAGCUGCUUCCAGAAAGACAUCCUGAACUUAAUAUAUUUAUGUGAAUGUCUGAAUCUACCUGAAGUAGCUGAGUACUGGCAGCAAGUUCUUAACCUCAACGACUACCAAAAGACUCGGUUCACUAGAAAAGUCAUAGAAUCACUGUUCAACACGGUCACAGACAAAAAUAUAGCAAUACUUGGGUUCUCGUUCAAGAAAAACACUGGAGAUACCAGAGAAUCACCGGCUAUCCAUGUUUCAACGACUUUACUUGACGAAGGAGCAAAACUACACAUCUAUGAUCCAAAAGUUGAACCGGAACAAAUCUUCUACGAGCUCACAAACCCUUAUAUAACCUCAGAUCCAGAAAUAGUGAAGAAGAACGUUGAAAUCCAUGAUACCGCAUACUCAGCGGUGACAGGGGCUCAUGCCAUAGUCCUAUGUACGGAAUGGGAUGAGUUUAAAACGUUGGACUUUAAGAAGAUAUAUGAAGCGAUGAUGAAGCCAGCGUAUAUCUUUGAUGGAAGGAAGAUAUUGAAUCAUGAAGCUUUGCAGAACAUCGGUUUCCACGUACAGACUAUUGGGAAGCGGCUGAGCAGAGUGGGCAGUAUCCGGGCACAGGGCAGCCAGACCAUGCCUUAGUUGUAAUCGUUUUACAAAACGAAACUCCGGUCAAGAGAGAGAAGCCAAGUGCUAUGCGUUGGAAUUUAUAAUAUAAGUAAAAUAAUCAUAAUUUAUUAUUUAUUUGGUACCGAGAUUUUUUUACGAAUAAUAUCCAAAUAUAAUCACCCGUCACGUCACAUACAAUGAACAAUUUUAAACUCUCGGUCAGUGACCCCUGAAGCUUGGUUUGUAAAGCAACCUGUGGUUUAAAUAACUAUGUCUCGAAUUUAAAUUGAAAUAAACAGCUAGGAUCAUUACAAGCAUAUAAGGCUGUUUUCAUAAACGAAACUACUAAGUGUGAUAAUAAUCUAAAAUUAUUAAAAUCAUGUUUUAUUCUGAAUGAAUUCUCGUUAACCAAAUUGAAAAGUUGAUAUUUGAGGUUUUUCAAAAAACUAUUGCUUGUAUGUAUGUCGUUUUGACGACAAAUACAGCAGUUUUUCAAUUUAGACAAAAAUCUGUCUGUCUGUCUGUUGCUAAUUUAAACAAAGUCACAAGCAAAAGUUAAUUUCUAAACCCUUAAAUAUUAACUUUAAUUUAGUUAUAAGCCUAUCCUAUAACAGCGUCUAUUGGGGUCUUACCAUUGCAAUGUGUUUGGCUGAACCCGUAUGUUACCUCGCGACUGUCUAUCUGACAACACUACACAUGUUACUGUGACACAGUCACAUAGUAAGAUGAAAAUAGAUGCUGUAUAAUAUAUAGAUCUAAUUGUCUCAAGGCUAUUUAAAAGAGACAAGGCUCGAGUAAUAGCUGAAUGUUAACUUAUACGAAGGCAGAAUAACACCAGCCUGUAACUGUCCCACUGCAGGCCUCUCAUACAGAGAACGAGCAUUGAUCACCGCGCUUGUGAGCU